AUGUGUGGAAAAAAUUUGACGUUUUGGUAUUGUGCGCUUUGUCUUCUCGUCGCUUCGUCAUCGAAUCCUCAGCAAAAUUUCACAGACAAUAAAGAGAAAAAUAAUAAUUUGACAGUACGAUAUGAGAUAGACGCGAAUCCUACGACAAACUAUGGCAACAAAAUGAAAACGCUGCCAUAUGAUUUGUACAAAAAGUCUACCAAUAAUACGCAAUAUGAAGAUAUGCAAUAUGAAUCUCGCAUCAUUUCCAGCAACGAUCGCGAAGAUGAUAAUUCGAUACAGUUCAAACUCGAUACGCACUCCAUACAAAAUCAUGAAGGUGAUAAACAAAUUCGGAUGGAAUCUAGCACGAAUUCAACAAAUGGCAACCAUAAAAGAAAUUUUACGACACAGGAAAUUUAUGAAAACUUGAUGAGAAUUGAAGAGAAAAAUGAUUCUACAUCGUACGAGUUCUCAGGAAAUUUCAGUAAAGAUAGCAAUAUAAAAAUCGUCGUUUCAUACGAAAUGUGCUUCAAUAUUACUUGCAUUCAGCUAUGCUGUCCUCUCGGCGAUCGUCUGGUUGAUAAUGAAUGCCUCUCUGAAGGAAAUAAAUACUUCUUCCCGAACGUGUACGGAUACACGAACGAUUCGUUGCAAAGCGAAAAUAAGACGGUGAAUGAAUUGUUUCAGCUUGUCGUCUACGAUCCGUGCCAGAAUAAAGACCGGUUUUCCGAUGAUUAUCAGUAUGAUUUCAUGUUCUUUGCCAAUGGUUCUCUCUAUUUACCUUAUUAUAAAAUAUUUGUCAAAUCGACAUCAUAUUGUCUUGCCAUCGUGGAUGGGGAUAAGUACGAAGCGAUUAUCUGCUCAGAGACUUGUGACAAUAUCUUUAUUACGACAACCGAUAAUGACAUUUCGUCGAUUGAAGACGAUGACAUGUAUGAUUUUGACGAUGAUGAAGACGAUGUCAAUGAUCUCGAUGAUAUCAUAAAUAUAAGUUUUCGUAUAAUGUCUAUGUCAUUUUUGGUGCCAAUAUUUCUGAUAUAUUCCAUAUUGCCAGAGCUACGAAACGUACACGGCUUCUUAUUGCGCAAUUACAGCGGUGCAUUGUUUGUCACAAAUACAAUUUAUAUUGUGAAUAUUCUAAUAAUUGGUGAAGCGGAUGCUGUACAUUAUACAGUCUGUAUUACAGUCGCAACCAAUAGAAACCCGAAUAGACUAAAUACAAUACCAAAAUAA